AUGUCCGCGUCCAACGUAGUGGUGGUUCAAAUAGGCCAGUGUGGCAACCAAGUGAGCGAAAUUGUAUACGACUCCCUUUGGGAGGAAAUAGCUCAACUGAGGAAGCUUGGAGGAAAUCCAUCGCUCGCGGACCGUCUCCAUGGGACGUACUUUGAUGAAGCUGAUCGGGCGCGCGCUGUUCUGAUCGAUAUGGAGCCUAAGGUCAUUCAAGGCUUACUGGCUCGGAAGCGGUGUAAUCAGUGGAGGUAUGAUGCAGAGGAGAAGAACUCGUUGUUCUUGCAAAGUGGUAGUGGUAAUAGUUGGAUGAUGGGUUAUUCGGUCUUGGCCAAGGGCCAGACCUCUGAGCUCGCCGCUGAGGUUAUUCGGAGAGCGGCUGAGGCCUGUGAUAGAGUCGAUUCGUUCCUGACGGUUUGCAGUGGUGCUGGAGGGACAGGAAGCGGCUAUGGCAGCUAUGUGAUCUCGGAGAUCCUCAACGACUACUGUGGGCUGAAGCAUGGGUCUGCGUGCAACGUCAUUGUAUGUCCCUUCGAGCGGGGAGAGGUGUCGGUACAGAACUACAAUACGGCGCUUUCGUUGGCGACUGCGGUGGAGACGGGUGAGCUGACAAUCACGUUUUCGAACUCGGCGUUGGAACAUGAGGUCGGCGGGAAGAACGGAGGCUUGGGGGCGAUCAAUAGGAAGCUUGCCCGAACGCUGGUGGACAGUUUGUUGGUGCCAUCGCGGCUAUCACCGGCAGGAACACUAUCAGAGGUCGCCCGGCAUCUCGUUUGUGAUCCGGAUUAUACCGUUGCUAGUUGCUGCUCGGUGCCUGGCAUGGCACAUUAUGAGUUCUCUAGUGACACGUGGAUGGGCCUGGCUAAAGAGUUAGACGAUAGAUGGAGAGGAAAAAGUGCUACGGCUUUUCUCCAUGCUUGUGGGGUCGGCGCUGAUAAAUUGGAAGACGAUGUGACACUGCCGUUCAAGUUGAAAAGCCGUUAUUUCCCUCACGUCCCUCAUCCAUUGAAGAUGGCCAUCAGCCCGGUGGCUCGUCGGGUGCCUAGUCGGUCCUUGUCUGUUGUCGCUACGGAUCAGAAAGCUCUUCAGCCAGUGGCUCACGUUGUUCGUCGAUGUAAGGCAGCCUUGUCAAGUGGAGCGUUCAUACACCAUUAUGGUGGGUACGAAGGGGAAGCACGGAUCGCUGAUGCGGUGGCCACCCUCAACGCUACAUUGGAGAGGUCCCAUGUCACUCUUGCUAGAGAGGGAGGCUGA